AUGUUCUUGCAGCGCUCCGCCAUCAUGGCUGCCCGCCGGGCGGCCGUCGCUCCCCUCGCUAGACGCACCUUCGCGACCUCCAUGAUCCGCCGCGACGCCAACUCCUCUACCCCCGCCAAGCCCUACAAGACCAUCAGCGAGAUCCAGACUGAGGACGACCUCACCGGACCUGGUGCCAAGCCCGGUACCAUUCCCACCGACCUCGAGCAGUCCACCGGUCUCGAGCGUCUCGAGAUUCUCGGAAAGAUGGAGGGCGUCGACGUCUUCGACAUGCGCCCCCUCGAUGCUUCCCGCAAGGGCACCGUCGAGAACCCCAUCCCUGUCCGUUCCGCCGGUGAGGAGCAGUACCUCGGCUGCACCGGUGUCCCCGUCGACUCCCACGUCACCAUCUGGCUGACUAUCUCUCGCGACCGCCCCAUCGAGCGCUGCCCCGAGUGCGGCUCCGUCUACAAGAUGGAGUACGUCGGCCCUACUGACGACCAUCACGGCCACGAUCACCACCACGGCUAUGAGGAGCCCAAGACUUUCGCCGACUUCGUCAAGCCCGAGUACCGAUACCAAUAG